AAAGGUUGUGUGUGGCGUAUAUACUGCUCAGUAGAGAGACCCAUCAAGAAAUGGAUGGUGAAAGUGUAUGUUAACACACAUACUUGCCAUCCCACGGGUAAGUGUAAACUCAUCAAAAGCCCUGCCAUUGCUGAAGUUAUGUUGGAGAAAAUCAGGAAGAAACCUGAAAUGAGUGCUCCAAUGAUUAGAGAAGAGUUUAGGGAUAAGUACAACAUCAUUAUCUCUCCCGAGCAGGCAAAGAUUGCAAGGCGUAUUGUUCUUGAUAAGCUACAGGCUGAAUGCAAUGAACAUUUUGCAAGGCUAAGGGACUAUGAGAUGGAACUAUUACGUUCAAAUCCUGAUAGCAAAAUUGAGAUCAAUACAACAACGAAGUCAAAUGGAGCGAAAGCAUUCCACUCCAUGUAUAUCUGCUUGGACAAAAUUCGUGUGGCAUGGAAGGAGUAUUGCAGACCGGUUAUUGGAUUAGAUGGGACAUUCCUCAAGCACAGCUCUCUGCAAGGGCUGAUUCUUACUGCGAUAGGAAGGGAUCCAAAUAACCAGAUAUACCCAAUAGCAUGGGCUGUGGUCGACUCUGAGAGCAAUGAUAAUUGGCAAUGGUUUAUUCACAGGUUGAAGAUUGAUUUGGGUUUAGGCGUGGGUGAUCUUGUGACAAUCAUAUCAGAUCAGCAUAAGGGAUUGAUUCAUGGAGUUGCUGUUGAGUUGCCAAGAGCUGAACAUAGAGCUUGUGCUAGGCACAUCUACUCUAAUCUGAAGAAGAAUCACAAGUCUGAUACACUGAAGCCUCUCUUCUGGCGCAUUGCAAGUAGCUACAACGAGGGUGACUAUGAGAGGAGUUUGGACGUUUUCAAAAAGUUUGAUCCGUUAGCAGCUGAAGACCUUAUGAAGAAGGAUCGUUCUACUUGGUGCAGGGCAUUUUUCCGGAUAGGUUCGUGUUGUUCUGAUACACACAACAACUUCACAGAGUCCUUCAAUAGGACCUUGAAGAUAGCAAGAAAGAAGCCCUUUAUUCAGAUGCUUGAGUUGAUUAGAAGAGAUGCAAUGCAGAGGAUAGCUACUAGAUAUAAGACAGCAAGUAGAGAGACGGGUCUCGUUACAAAGAAGGCGAGAAAGGAGGUUGAAAAGUCUUGUGAUGAAGCUAAGCAUUGCUAUUCUUAUUCAAGCACAGGUGGUGCUUAUGAGUGCGUUGAAUUUUCAAAUGGUUACACGGUGAAUUUGCUUUCUCGUAGCUGCGCUUGUAGGAAAUGGGACUUGUCUGGAAUCCCAUGUCGCCAUGCUGUAUCUGUUAUCCGUGAGAAUGGUUUCGAGGUUGACGAUUAUAUUUCAGAUUAUUAUCUGACAUUGAAGUGGCGAGGUUUGUACACGGAUGGGUUGGGGCCUGUAAAUGGUCCAAGGUUUUGGAAGCUAUCUGGUUAAGACCGUAUUGAAGCACCACCAUACAAGAGACCGCCUGGAAGACCAAAGGGGAAGGCAAGGAUUAAAGGAGUGCGUGAAUCCCCGAAGAAAAAUCAGACCAAAGUUGAUAGAAAAGGAAGAAUAGGUCAUUGUGGUCUUUGUGGUGGUGAAGGCCACAACUCAAGGAAGUGUCCUCAUGAGGUACAUUGUCGUCGUUGCAAUUGUCUAGCUUUUUUCUUUCUCGUGAUUGAUUCUCUUUAUUUUUAUUACGUUGCAGUCUGAUGAAAGCAGAAAGCGUAGGCGUCUCAACAUGGAACAACAAUCACAUGAGCAAGCAAUCGAGGACGUUUCCUCAACUGCACCACCUGCUACACAACCUUGACUUCUCUAGAAUGUCUUUUUCUUUUCUCGGAUGUCUUUUUUUCCUCUUUUGAUGUCUUCUUUGGUCUUUGGAUAUGACCUUUCUCUCAGCGGAUAUGUGUGUUUUGGAUGUUAAACUAGUGUUGAUGUCUCUCUUGUUAUGUAUGAUCACCUAUUUUGGAUGUUAAAGCAAUGAGUUCAAACUCUUUUUUUUAUUGCUAAAUGAAGUUGAUUUCCAAACAUUGUCAAACCAUUACAUAGUUAAGCAUUACAACAACAACAUUACAAAGGUUUUUAAAGAUAAUGAGCAUGUCUUUAGAGCUUGAGAAAGGCGUUAAUGAUGUCUUCUUCCACUUCCGCAUUUUUGGCCAAUUCACUUUGAAGCAUCGAAAUGGUCUUCUUCAAUCCCAUAAUAGUCUUGUCCUUCUGGCGAAUUUCGUUUCUAGCUUCAAUCAAAGCUUUCUUUUGCCAUCCAAAAGCUUCUCCCUCAUCGAACCAUUGAAAGAACCCGCAUUCACCUCCACUCUAACACAAACAUAAAAUUAAAAACUUUCCAAAGAACUCCAUGACUAUACCAUACAGGAUUCACAAUAGUUUAUACCUUGAAUUUUUCACACCCAUAGAACCUUCGACCCGGAUUUUUGUCUGUCCAAGCUUGAGAUAUCUUUGCCACCAACCCACAGUAACAAAGAACAUUGCUUUCAUUAGCCUUGCCCUUUCCCUUAUUGCUCCAUCUUCCACCAAAUUCCAUCUCUCUUUCUCUCUUUCUCUGUUUCUGUCUCUUUCUCUCUUUCUCUGUUUUGAAGAACGAUGAACCCUAAAUUGCUGAUUGAAAUCGAUUUGGGGGAGAGAAUUGGUUAUGUCUGGGUCGGGUUUUUCGUUUGGUUCGGGUCGGGUUUUGUUAAUUGGAGUUUAACUUUACUUAAUUACGAGCUGACCCCAAUUAUUUUAACUAAAAUCAAUUAAACCUCGUUAUGAUGUUGGCACCAUGUUUUUAUUAACGUCGUAUAUGUGGCAUGUAUUUAUCAUAUACAUCGUGUAGGUUUCGACACAAUUCUAAACUCUAGAUGGUUUGCACCAUAUUAUACUAAACAUGGUGUAGCUGAGAAACUUUUUUCCUUUUUUUUUGUUCACCAAUUUUUUGCUCUCUUUUUUUGGUCAAAGGUCUAUACGGACUGACCUACUUGGCUUCUUAACUACACUGUAUCUCAUUUCAUCCACGAAUUUUCGACCUUCCUUAGUUUGUUGACUUUAUUGGUAAGUCAGAUCAAAAGUUCUAAAUGCGAGAUUUUUUUUUUGGUGUAAAAUGCGAGAUUUUUCUUCACGAUGUUACAAGAUUAUUAUUGCCAUUUCUUUUGAAACUUGCGUGCUGGGCAUCAAGUUAUAGAUGCAUAAUCUGGUCGCAUUUGGGUGGUUUGAAAGACAGGUGGGAAGAUAAUUCAUGUGUUCAAAAGUGAUCAAUUGAUCAAAUGAUCACAUAUCCAGUCUUGUUUAAACAGAAAACAAAGAGUAUUUUGUUGUAAACGUGAAAAAGAAGAUAUCAACCAAAGCUGCACCGAUCAUUGAAAUGAUCUUGCGAAAGAAAAUUAAGUGGAACCCACUGUCAUUAUUUACACAGUAACUUCUACUUUUUUACUUCUAUAUAAAUAAUCGAUUUCGAUCAUUUGUAAUUCGUCCCUUACACUUUUUUUCUUCCUUUAUAAUAAACUAUCUAUGUCGUAUAUUUAUUAUAUGUCAGUUUUAUCUCCUUCCUGCAGUUAUAAAAUUUCACCCUUAUUUAAAUUUCUCGAUACUAUAAAAUUAUAAGUUAUUUCAUAACACGUUAUCAGCACGAUUAUUCUGUGAUUCAAAAUACAAAUGGUGAACAUCGAGAAACUUCAGUUCCAGCUUUGAAAAUAACUGGCGAAAAUUACAUCAGAUUUGUCAUAAAUGUGAUACCUUACCAUGUAAUGAAGAAGUUAACCGAAACGAUAAAAAUCGGUAACAAAUCGCCGCCCGAGCAUAUAGCCAAAGCGAUAAUCUUCCUGAAGAAGCAUUUAGAUGAGAAUCUUACGCACGACUAUGCAAGCGUAGAAGACCCAACUGAACUGUGGCAAGAUUUAAAAGAAAUGUUCGAUAACCAUAGAGAAGUCAACCUCCCUCACGCUCUAGAAGAAUGGAAAAACCUGAGGUUCCAAGAUUUUCUAAAGGUUGAGGAUUACAAUUCCGCUGUCCUGAGGAUAAUUUCACUCCUGAAAUAUUGUGAUAACCCUGUCUCUGAGACAGAAAUGAUGAAUAAAACGUACAACACUUUCCACAAACAGCUUCACUUCCUGCCCGGAAUUUACAGAAAAUGCGGGUACACGAGAUUUUAUGAAUUGAUGGUUGCGCUCAUGUUGGCUGAAAAGAACAAUGAGCUUCUGAUCAAAAACCACAAUUCCCGACCUAUGGGGAGCCAAAGGAUUUCAUUAAGUGAAUGCUACAGCGAUAGAAAAUUCGGAAAGGAGAAACCAGAGCAACCGAGGUUAUGGUCGCCGAUUCAACAACAAACGUGAAAAAACUUACAAUCCCAAAUGGAAGGGAUCUAACAAGUGGGUUAGAUCCGAACAAGUUCCUAAGGGUAAAGAAACUCAAGUGGAUACCACCCAGAAACGUGAGACAGUGUGUUACAAAUCUGGCUGUAAAGGACAUUGGUCCCGUACCUGUCGUACUCUCCCACAUCUCUAUAAGUUAUAUCAAGAGUCCACGAAAGGCAAAGCUAAAGAAGUGAACCUCACUGAAAACUUUGAAGGGACAUUGUACCUCGAUGCCUGCGACUUUGCAAAUGAGCUGGACUAGAUUACUCAGUAUUGUCAUGUAUAAUUAUUAUAUUUCCUGUUUUAAACGAAUAAUGAUGUUUUAACGUCAUCUUAAUGUAUAACUAGCGGUUUUCCGGCGCUACGCGCCGGGUUCAUAUGUUUUAUUUUUAAAUAAAUUUACAAUUUAUUUUCUGGUCUUAAUAAAUAAAAUAUGUUCAAAAAUGUGAAAAUAAAAAUAUGUUAAAAGAGAAUGAUAUUUUUUGAUCCAUCUUAUAGUGGUUAGCAAACAGCGUGUAUUACUUUGUUUUGGAGUUGUUUAGUUCAAAGUAAAACAACGUAAGUGAUUGUAACUGGUCAAUUUAAUAAAAAUAAAAUAAAAAACUCAUAAUCAUAAUAAAUUAAUUUAUUUAAAAUUUAAACAUACAGUAAAGUUGAUGUUUUCAUAAGGAAAAGUGAAAAUGUUUGUAUUUUUUUGUGAUUAUAUAUCUAUAUCAAAGAUGUGAUAAUUUAUUGGAGGCUUCAUUGUGGGAGUAUUAGUUAAAUAUUUUGUCUUCAUAGGAAUCAUGAAUCCAGUAAGUUAAUUAUUGGUUGUCUUAUGCCAAUCUCAUUGCAUUUACAGUAUGCAUUAGAAUGAUUCAUUUGGGAGGCGGGUAGUUACCCUGCAACUUUACAGUUCAAUUAAAGUUUGAAGCUGCUUGUUAUGUGUCGGGAUAGUAAUUGUCGACGACGUUUAACGUAUCAUUGUUAUUAUUGCCGUGAACCUUAUCUUAGCUCUAAUUUUGACUUGUAACAUGUUUCAAACUGUCACUGGCAGACGCGGAGUGGCCAAUACGUACCUUGGGCGCAACGAUGGUCGUGUUUUUUUCAGUGUUAUUGUUUUAAAUCUUGUGUGCUUAAGAAAUUCAGUUUGUGAACUCCUUUGUUGUAAACUAAAUGCUUAAUGGUUUGUGAAUUUCUGAUUGUAUAAUUGAGAUUUGAUUAUUUUCAGUUUAUUACUUUAUUAUUCAUAUGUGUUGCGAGCUUAGCAUGUUGUUUACGGGUGUCAUUGGAAAGUACAAAAUUUAUCUGUAGCCACGGUUUCAUAAGCAUUGCAAAUUUGAUAUCCAUGCAAGGGCGUAUGACUAUUGACUUUACAGAUCCACGUGAUGUAAAUCUUUUGUUCUGAAAAUGAUUUGCAUUACUAAUUGAAACAACAACCACCACGUAGAGUAGAAAAAGGAUAAAUAGAGGUAAAGAAAUUAGAAAGUUUAAAUAGGAGAAAUAGAACUAAAGAUAAUUGAAAGAUGAUUUAUUACUAAUAAAAAAAACCACGACACUUGAGAAUUUUUAAAAAAGGUAAUAAAUUUCAUUAGUAGACUCCUUCCAAAGGGAAAUAGAUACGAAAUCAAUUAUUUGAUAAAUAAAGACGUGGUAGUUUAAGUUCUCAUAGUAGACUCAUUCCAAACGUGGUUUCUUCGUCCAAAGCAACAUGAUGAUGUACGUCCGGCAAGUGAACCAUCAGAUAUAGAUGGCGCCUCUGUUACACAGCAAGUCUUAUCAACUUUGGCAUAUGAUCUAUUUGCCACAACUUCAGGCUGCACUGCUUCAGAGACCUUUGCACCUUCCAAUUAAUAAGGCAACAGACACAGAGAUUAUAUACUUUAGAUAGCAGCAAACUCAUAGUAAGAAAAUAGACCAACAUUUACAACAAAGGCUGGCGCAGAUGCAAGCUCUCGCGAAGGAAAAACGCGAGAAAUGGUGAAGGUUUUGGUUCUUUGAAGUAAAAUUGAAGUUCUUUAACUUGAGCUGGAAGGUGUAGAUAUACCAAACAAUAUCAGCAAGGGACCAAGGCAGUUCAGUUUCAAUGUGAGCAUCGACACAUAUCCCCUGCAAACCAGUUUACAGCAUUAUAUAUGCAUCAUCAGGAAAAAGUAAUAGUAAAAGUUAAUUGUUAGUGCUUCAUUAUAAGCUAUACCACAAUCUGUGCAGCCUCAGAAGCUUGAAUGUUUGUCAGUUUAGCCACCUCCAUAUCCAGAACCAAAACCAGAUUCUUGCAAAAGAAAUAAAAAACUGUAUUAAUCGAAUAAUAUACAAUUAAUCAAUUCUUGUUCUUUUUCUGAUGAUAUUUAUCUAGGGAUUGAAUCUCUUAAUUUCAUCUAUAGAUUUAACUUCUAUUGUAUAUGUUGAAGAGCGGGAUACCUUCAAGAUAACCCAUUUUCUCCAUAGAUUAUUCAUCAGCAUAUCCACAACCUCAGACAUUGUUGGUCUUUUCUCUGCCUCAUUCUGAACACACAUAUGUCGUACUAAAAUUACCUUUUCCAGCUCCUCGUCUACAUACUUCCCAAUUAGCUAUUGAUCCGCAAUUUCACCAUACUUCUUCUGGUAAACAAGAAGGUAAAACCAUUCGUUAGACCUUGUUUUGUUGUUCAUUUCAGCCUGUCUACAGGUCUCGUACCAGGCACCUGCUCUAGCAAAAGAACACCAGUACUAUUUGUAUAAAACACAACAAUAUGGAAAACAAAUCGACAUUUCAAAUGGAAGAUAAUUUUCAAUAAGUAUAUAAACCAUUUUGGUUCUGAAGACUUACAAUGAGUCGUUCUCGUCCUUCCGCACAGUAAGCUUUUGCACUCAAUAGAUUCUUGCGACGAAUACGGCCUAAAAUGCUGACUCUACAGCAAAAUUUAUCUCUUCUCUGCUACUUCAAUCUCUUGACUGCAAUCUACAGAACAUCAACAGCUAAUUAUUACAGAUGAAUAUCAAAGAGACCAAGUAAUAUAAUGCUGCCAUGGCAAGAAAGGCUUCUCUGCAGAUCAAGGAAGUUCUAGAUAAAGAACGUGGAUAUAUGUGAGCAAGGAGACGCGUCACCACCGUCUGAGAAGCAUCGCCAGUCUUCCAAUUGGAAAGCUGGAUUGGAGAGGUCACCAUCGUCACAGGUUCCAGUAUAAAGAAUAUGGUGAAGCAAUGAGAUUUGGAGGUUUUCAACCUUUAUUUAUAAUCUGAGAAAUUAGGGUUUUACAAAGCGGUGAUGGGAAAAAGUAAUUAAUAUUAGUGUAGUGGGAGAGAUGGCAAGGGAGAGACAAUUGAGACUCUCAAUGAGGAUUCCACCAUUGUUGCAGGCUCUUUUAGUAAAAACAAAAUGGUAAUGAAUCUGAAGCAGUGAAAUUAGGAGAUGGUUCCAUCACUAUUUAUAGAAUAGAAAAUUAGGGAUUUGCAAAGGAGGUAGGGAGAGAAGUAACGAAAUUCGACGUACUGAGGGAGUUUUACAGAGUGAGUUAAUGGUAAAACUUAAUGAGUAGUCUCAAACUCUCAAUGAUAAGCGUUGCGUAUCGCUCUGGUUUCUGUGUGGAAAGAUGAGAACUUCUAUCAUAGAGAAGAUGAAGUCCAAGAAGAAGGAACAUGUAGUGGGCUAUUUGAUAUCACAUCUGAUUUUGCAGAUCCAUUUUGGAUUUUCUUAUUUGUUACAAACCCAUAAUUUAACUUUUGUAUACGAAAGCUGAAGCCCGAAAUAGUGUCGCUUAUUUGAUGCUAACAAAGCGGAAAACGUAAAUAAAGUGAUGCCAGGUGUCCUAAAACGCCCAUGCUAUAUGGUGAUUUGGCUACUUAAGGUGGGAGAAAACUCUCCUUUAUUAGUAUAGAUAGAUAGAUUAUUGUGUGUUUCUAAUCUGACUGAGUAAUCAACUCGAAUAAUGAAUAAUUUGUUACGACAAAGUUUUCUAGUUUGACUAGGUAAUCAACUCGAAUAAUAAGUUGAAAGAAAAUAAACUACAAAAAAAUCAUCCACCAAAUCAAGAGAAGAGUGGAAGCUCCCUUAGUCUAGUGGUUUGACUAAGUAUUCAUUAAUGUUUUUACACCAGCAUGUCCAGGUUUCAAUUCCCGGAGAAAGCGAUUUAUUAAACAAUUAUAUAAACUACGGAAAAAAGGCUUACAAAGAAUCUUCAACAUGGUGCAAGUAAACUUGGUCAGACGUGGAUCUUCAUAGAGCGGCUCUCGUAAUGCAGUUACACAUAGAUCCUCAUAAAUCAGAUAGUAUUGCCGGUUGUCGAAUCGUCUAUGUGAUCUUUCUCAUAAUUGUAAUAUCCUAAUAAAUUAGCGCUAAAAAGAAUCAAGAGAAGAAAACACAUAUUGACAACUUUACGGUGAUCCAACAAUGGUAAAUACAUGUGAGAAAAUUCAUACUAAUACAACAUAAACUUUAUAAAUUAAUAUCCAAUGACUAAUAAAAGGCAUUAAGGUAAUAGAUUUCUUCGGAUCUAAACUCUAUUAGUUCAAAAUAUAACAAAAUUUUAUAAAAAUCAUCAUAUAAUCAAUGAUUUUCGAUUGUUAUCAAAAUUUAAUAUUCCAUAAGAAAUAUUUGACUAUCACUAUUUAAUAUUUCUUCUGUUUCUAAAAAAGUGUCAUUCUAAUUUUUUUUUUGUUUCAAAAAAAGUCAUUCUAUAUUGUUAAUGCAAUUUUUUUAUACACAAUCUCUUUCUUACCAUUUUAACUAACAAAGAGAUGUUUAUUUAUAACAUUUUUAUUAAAUAAGGGUAUACUAGUAUGUUUUAUAAUUUUCUUAAUUUCCGUGAAAUAUGUCUUAAGUUACACUUUUUAUAAAAUGGAUGGAGUAGAUUUCUAUUUAAUUUUAUUUUAUUAAGAAAGAAUAUUAAAAAAAAUCUGGCUCUCAUAUACUAUUCUCAUUUUGACAUAUUCACUAAUUAUAGGACUUUAAUUUUAAGAAUAAAUAAAUAUGAUAAUCUGAACGGUUAAUCAUUUGGAUUCUAUCAAUUUCAGUUUAAAUAAUAUUCAUUUGUUUAGUGUAUAUAGCUAAAUUUAUGCUUAUUAUUUAUUUUAUAGUUAAUAAAAGAGACCAAAAAAUAUAUCAUAUGUAGAACUAAUUUUAGAUUCAUAUAAUGAAAACUAGAGUUUAUCCCGCACAUCGUGCGGGUAUAUUUUCAUUUUAUAAAUAUUUAAUUUUGAUAUUAUUAUAUAAAUUUAAAUAUACAAUUUAUAUCUUAGUGUUAUGAAUUUUAUAACUCUUUAAUUUUAUUGUUUAGGUUUCUUAUUACUUUAUUAAUAUAGGGGUUUGUUUUAUACAUUUUACCUUUUUUUAUUAUGUUUUUGAGUUUUCAUAAUUUGAAAUAAUCAAAUAUAAAAUAUUCUUCAACAUAUGAUUUUUGAAAAUAUAUAGCUGUAGAAAUAAAUUUUUAACAUAUGUUAAUAACUUCAUUUGUAUAAAAAACAUCUGACAUGAUUAAUAAAUUUGAACCCGUUUUAGUGGUAGAUGAUAAUUUAUUUAAAUGAAAGCAUUAUAUUACUUAAUUAAGAAAUUAAUUAAUGCAAUAUUUAAUAAAUAUUAUU